AUGAGUGAAGAACAAACCCCACAAGCGUCGCGGAACAUAACCCCAAAAAAUCUGCUCGACGCUUUGAUUGGGGAGCCAACAAGCUACGAACCGAUAGAAGUGCAAAAAUUGUUGAAAACCCGAGCACAAGUGAAGAAGGCCAUGGCUCAGCGGCUGGAGAAGGCGGUUGAUCGUCGUGAUAUGGCCAAAGAGAAGAUGUUGCGGAUCCACGCAGGCAUGAAUCAGCCGGAUAAAAACAUCCACUGGCUGAACCUGCAGCUGGAGAACCUUCGGCGCUGUUAUGAUGAGGUGGAGAGGAGCUAUUUGGAGAUCUGCGAUGCUGUUCCCCGAGACCAGCGAGAGGAUUUCAAGCUCCAAAACAUCCAAAUAGAAGAAAUGUAUGACCAUCUGUACGUGAACAUCCAAUCGGGAAUUGCGGAGUGGAAAGCGAGAGAAGAACAGAGCAAGCUGAAUGCAUUGGCCCCUGCAUACAACCCUCCUCAGCAACCGACGGCUGCGUCUAACAUGCCUCCGCACUUGCACGUCCCACUGCCAACCUUCGAUGGCAAUCUGGAGAACUGGUACUCCUUCAAGUGCAUGUUCCAGACCAUCAUGGGAAGGUAUCCGAACGAGUCUGCAGCUAUCAAGCUGUACCAUUUGAAGAACGCCCUAGUCGGAAGUGCAGCCGGAAAGAUCGAUCAGGAUGUCAUUAACAAUAAUGACUACUCGGCUGCCUGGAAAAUGCUGGAGGAUGCAUAUGAAGACGAACGUCUCAUAAUCGACACGCACAUCGACGCCUUGCUGAGCCUGCCGAAGAUGACGGCGGAGAACGGCGAGGAACUACGCAAGCUAAUCGACACCUGCACCAAACACGUUGAUGCCCUUAAAAAUCGCCAAUUGCCGGUUGAAGGAUUAGCUGAGAUGAUCCUGGUCAACGUGAUCGCCAAACGUCUUGACAAGGAAACGCGGAAGCUGUGGGAGUCGCAGCUAUCCCAAGACGAACUUCCCGCAUACGCCGAAAUGAUCGAUUAUCUACGAGAACGAGUCCGGAUUUUGCAGAAGAUGACAGGAUACGCUGAACCACGAACUACCUUGAAGCCGAAGAACAAACCAGAACAGAAGAUCCCGCAAGCCAGAAAUUUCGUACAAACCAAGGAGGUGUGCCACUGCUGCAACGGUGAUCAUCUUAUCUACAAGUGUGGUCAAUUCAAGGAGCUCAACGUCAGCAGCCGGUACGCCAAGGUGAAGCAAGCUGGGCUCUGUUUUAACUGUUUGCGACGCGGUCACCGUACGGUCGACUGCAAUUCCGAAAGGUCGUGUAAGAGUUGCAAGAGGAAGCACCACAGUCUGCUUCACGACGACAAGCCCGUUCAACAGUCCAGCAGUGCACCCAGCGAACAACCAGCGAAGCCCGAAGAACGACAAGAAGUAGCGGUACAGGCCGGGUCAGUAAACUGCGCCACGUCUCUGAUGCUGAAACAACAAGUGCUUCUCUCAACGGCAGAGGUGCUUGUGGCCGGAUCCGGUAACGUCGGUUUGCCGUGUCGUGUUCUGUUGGAUUCGGGUUCUGAUUCGAAUCUGAUCUCCGAAGCGUUUGCCAAGCGAUUGAACCUGCCAAUGGAAAACAUCAACCUACCGAUCAGCGGACUCAACAACGCUGAAACCCGAGUUAAGUUCAAGCUAACCACCAAGAUCAGUUCUCGUGUCAAUCCUUUCAACGCUAUUUUAGAUUUCCUGGUGGUGCCAACGAUAACCACCAACCUACCGAUGAUGAAGGUCGACAUCCGGUCUUGGUCCAUCCCGACGAGCGUUGAUUUGGCGGAUCCAUCAUUCCACGUCCCAAAGGAGAUCCAGAUGAUUAUCGGCGCCGAGCUGUUCUUUGUCCUCGUGAAGAACGGCCGCAUGAAGCUUGCAGAAGGAGCCCCAAUGCUGGUGGAGACCGACCUGGGUUGGGUCGUCAGCGGACCGGUGAAAGGGCACUCGUCUGGUCCACAAGGAGGCAUCUGUCAACUGAACCUACGCGAAGAACAGAUCAACCAUACUCUUGUCAAGUUCUGGGAACUGGAAACGGUCCAGGAAGCAUCGCCACUGACGUCAAGGGAGCAAGCCAUCGAGAAACACUUUGAGCAAACGCACUUUCGUGACGAUACAGGCCGAUUCACUGUGAGGUUGCCAUUUAACGAUAACAAGGGUCAACUUGGCGACUCCUUGGAAACCGCCCGAAGUCGAUUUGAUCGGCUACUACGAUCGUUUGCCAACAAAACGAAACUCAAGCGCUAUUCGGAGUUCAUGACCGAAUACCAAGCUCUGGGGCACAUGGUCGAGGUUUUCGACAACCCCGUCGAUUGUUAUUUUCUACCCCAUCAUGCUGUGUACAAGGAGUCCAGCACAACGACAAAAAUCCGUGUGGUUUUUGAUGCUUCGGCGAAGACCUCGUCCGGUCUUUCGUUGAACGACGCCCUGGACGUAGGGCCAACGGUGCAGAAGGACCUGAUCACGAUUCUCUUGCGAUUUUGCUGCUUUCCGGUCGUAUUAACUGCAGACAUCCCGAAGAUGUACCGCCAGGUACAAAUCCAUAAGGACGAUCGGAAAUAUCAACGGAUCCUUUGGCUCACCUCGACAAAUGAAGUUGGAACGUUUGAGCUGACAACUGUUACGUACGGUUGUUCCAGCGCGCCCUACUUGGCUACGCGCGCUCUGAUGCAGUUGGCGAAGGACGAAGCAUCGGACUUGCCGGUCGCGGCGAAGGUGGUCGAAGAAAACAGCUAUAUUGACGAUUUUCUCACCGGAGGAAAUACUACUGAAGAAGUGAUCGAAAUCUACGAGCAGCUGACGGAGAUGCUGCGACGAGGUGGAUUUGGAGUCCACAAAUUCUGUUCCAACAGCGAAGUCGUUCGGAGUAGCAUUCCGACCGAGCUACAGGAAUCGCAAGUCAAGUUCGAAGAUGCCGAUAUUAACAACGCGAUAAAGACACUAGGUCUCAUCUGGAAUCAACACGAGGAUUAUUUCCGGUUCAACGUUGCGCCGCUUGACGAGAAGGUUCCGACCAAAAGAAGUGUUCUCUCUGCAGUUGGUCUCCUUUUCGAUCCGUGUGGUUACCUCGGCCCGGUCAUCACAACAGCGAAGAUGCUAAUGCAGGACUUGUGGCGGCUGAAAUUGAAAUGGGAUGAUGAAUUACCGGAAGAACCAAGGAAAAUGUGGAUCGACUUCCGCAGACAGCUACCACUUGUGAACACUUUGCAGAAAAAACGAUGCGUUGUCAGGAGCGACGCAAAACAAAUCGAACUUCACGGGUUCGCAGACGCGUCACUACGCGCAUACGGGGCAGUCUUGUACACAAGGUGCAUCUCCCCUGAUGGAACGGUUGAAGUCAAUCUGGUGUGCAGCAAAUCGCGUGUUGCACCCCUCAAGCCAAUGACGAUUCCACGCCUGGAGUUGUGCGGUGCUUUGCUACUGGCUCGGCUGGUCGACAAAACGGUAGCAGCCAUGGGAAUUCCGUUCAAGAGUGUGACACUUCAUCUCGACUCGCAAGUGGUGUUGUGCUGGCUGGAAAAAUCACCGUUUGCUUUGAACCAAUUCGUUUCGAACCGUGUAGCAGAGAUACUCGAGCUGACGCAAACCUAUCAAUGGCAGUACGUACGGUCCGAGCAAAACCCAGCAGACCUGAUUUCGCGAGGGGUGCUUCCAGCUGAAAUUUCGACAAUGGAUUUGUGGUGGAAUUCCUCUCCCUUUUUGUGGGAACUAGAUCCAAAGUACAACGAUGAACGAAUCAAGCUGAGUGACAACGAGGUACCUGAACUGAAGCCAACGGUGGUCGUUGCUACCACUGUACAAGCGAAACCGUUGAUUGUUAUGACCAGAUUGAGCAACUUUCGACGACUACACAGAGCGUGGGCGUAUGUAUUGAGGUUCUGCAAGAACGUCCGCACUAAGAACCGUGACACUUCGGAGCUCAAGGCGCAAGAGAUGGCAGAUGCACUUCAUGCCAUUUUGAAGCAAAUACAGAAGGAGGAGUUUGGUGAGCUGUUUCGUGCUCUGGCUGGUGAUGAAGCGAAGCGGAACAGGUACAGUGGACUGGCCCCAUUCAUAGACACGGAUGGUUUGAUCAGAGUCGGAGGCCGGUUGAAGUAUUCGUCGAUUCCCUAUGAUGGAAGGCACCAGAUCCUGUUACCCGAGAAACACCAUGUGACGGCCAUACUUAUCCAGCAACUACAUGAGGAUAACUUUCACGUCGGACAGCGCGGACUGUUGUCAAUUGUCCGUGAGCGAUAUUGGCCCAUCAACGCGCAGAUGCUGAUCAAGAAGAUUAUUUCCAAAUGCCACGUAUGCUGUCGCCAUAACCCCCGUCCAGUGGCCCAGUAUAUGGGAAAUUUGCCGGACUACCGAAUUACUCCAGCACCUGUCUUUUCGAAUACGGGAAUCGAUUACGCGGGUCCAAUUUUCCUCAAGGAAGCAGGUAGGAAGACCGUAGUAUACAAGGCGUAUAUUUGCGUGUUUGUUUGCAUGGCCACUAAGGCCAUACAUAUGGAAGUUGUUUCAAACUUGACGGCUGGAAAUUUCAUUGCUGCUUUGCAGCGCUUUAUUAGUCGACGAGGUAUGGUAGCUAACAUCUACUCUGAUAAUGGCACUACGUUUGUUGGUGCCAAUCACGAACUGGCGGCUUUGCGCCAGUUAUUCGAGGAUCAGGCGACCCAGAGGAAGCUGACUGAUUUCUGUAUCUCCAAGGGAAUCCAGUGGCACUUCAUACCGCCACGCAGCCCCCACUUCGGCGGGAUUUGGGAGGCUAGCGUUAAGUCAGUAAAGCACCAUCUAAAACGAGUUGUUGGCGAGACCAAGCUGACGUUCGAGGAAGUGUCCACGUUCUUGGCACAAUGCGAGGCGAUCCUGAACAGCCGGCCCCUUAUUCCGGUUUCCAACGAUCCCAACGAUGUCGAGGUGCUGACGCCGUCACACUUCCUCAUUCAGAGACCGGCCUUGAGCAUUCCGGAGCCUUCAUACGACGAGGUGAAGAUUGGUCGACUUAGCCGUUGGCAACAUGUUCAGCUGAUGAAGGAGCAUUUCUGGAAGCGAUGGUCGGCUGAGUACUUGCACCACCUACAAUCUCGACCGAAAUGGCAUAGCGGAGUGACGGACAUCAAGAUCGGUGCAUUGGUGGUACUCAAGGACGAUAACACCCCGCCACAUCAAUGGCAUAUUGGACGAAUCGUGGCCACCCAUCCGGGUGCAGAUGGAAUUGUACGAGUGGUCACCGUCAAGACGGCUACAUCGGAGUUUCGACGAGGUGUUGCGAAGAUCUGCUUGCUUCCGUCGGUUGAGCCUGCGGACUCAACGGGGGGAGAAUGA